GGGACUCGGCCAACUCGACACGCGACUUACUUUGAAACGAACCAACUCACUCCUUUUACCAAUAUUCACUCCCAAUACACCAUUCCCAACGACUCUGCGCGGCGGCCGCAUAUGCCGCGACCAGAUCUGAAGGCUGGCUCCUCUCCCCCGCCAGACCUAAAUCUCGCGCGGACUCCCAUUCCCCCAGAGCUCCUCCGACCCCUCGUGCCCUCACUGCAGGGCCAAUUCCUCAAAGAAGUGGCGUCUCUAUCAACACCGGCCGUCGUCGCCCCGCCCUCCCCGACCUCCGAUACAUCCCAAACCCCACUCGGCAGUGAUGCUGAUGCUGGCCAGACUACGUCCUCACCGCUGCAUCCGCGAGUAGCGGUCAUCUUGGGUGUUGACCGCAGGUGGUACAUCCCGCUGCUGGUAUGCCGGGCGCUGAGCACGCUGCCUGCGGCGUGGUGGGGGCUGCGAUGUGCGUUUACCUUUUUGGCUGAGCUGUUGCAUAUCAGGCCGGGGAUGGGACGGGAGGGAUGGGCGGCGGCCAUUGUUGGGAGUGUGGGACAGGAGUGGGAUGUUGAGAGGAGGUUUCGGGUUACGGAGGUUGCGCUGGCAAUUAUGUGGUGCUGUGCAUCCGCAUAUCUUUCUUAUUUCUUUGCUGAUUGUAUGAUGUCUCGAUGGCUUUUGAAUUACACCCCACCUGCCGUUGUAAUCCGGCUUUUAACAACGAACGGGUUAAUCGCAUAUAUCACUUCUUGGGUUCUCUAUCUUUCCGGCGCAUCCUCUGAUCCACGACUGCUCCUACCCGCCUGGAUCUCCAUUACAACCACCCUCACAUUCGUCUACCACGCCACACAAAACCACGCAACAAUAAAACGAGAAACAGCAGCCUCUCUACUCGUCGUCUCAGUAGCCAGUUUCCUCAGCAUGUCCUCCCUCCUCCUCCAACUCCAUCUCACCCGUGAAAACGAACCCGAAGUCCCCGUCUUUGUGAUCACCCGCAAACUAUGGGACUGGGCCGUUGCAAUCUUCCUACGCAUGCGAGUCGCAGAUGCUCGAGCCGGCGUCGGCGAACUAUAGCCUUGUUCACACCUUGGGUGUCUUACUUCCCCCUUUCCCUUUCUCCUAACCUCCUCCGCCCUCCGAUCCCAUCCCCUGUCUUCUUCUUCUUUCUUCCUACCUUUCGGAGUUACGCUGCUUAACAUUGCUACUCUUCUGAUCCCCAUUUUUACUUGCCUUACAUCAAAUGGAUCCAUUACUUUUGAGCGGAAUCGCUACAAAUGUGCUGGGUUGGAUUUUUGUAUAUUCUUCUGGCUCUGUCUUUGAACGAGCCUCGUUAACCAACUUCUUUGCACCCACAUUACCCUUCUGUGUCCAGCUGGACUAGCUCUUUUUUGUGUCAUUCAUCGGUCUUUGAUAGAUCAAAUCCCAUUAUUCCAAUUCCUC